AUGGUUGGGUACGUGAAGACUCCUCGUGGUCUCCGCAGUCUAAACACUGUGUGGGCUCAGCAUUUGAGCGAAGAAGUAAGGAGGAGGUUCUACAAGAACUGGGCCAAGUCGAAGAAGAAGGCUUUCACCAAGUACUCGAAGAAACAUGAAACUGGAGAAGGGAAGAAAGACAUUCAAAGCCAGUUGGAGAAGAUGAAGAAGUACUGCACAGUCAUCAGAGUUCUUGCUCACACUCAGAUAAGGAAGAUGAAAGCGCUCAAGCAGAAGAAGGCACAUAUGAAUGAGAUUCAGGUCAAUGGUGGGGAUGUAGCAAAGGCUGAGUUCGACAGCUCUGUCUUCGCCGAUGACUGA